AUGAUUGAGGCUACUCAAACAGGAAACCUUAAUGUCUUGUAUGAAUUAAUCCAGGAAGAUCCAUAUGUUUUGGAGCGUAUUGAUCUGGUUCCUUUUCUUGAUACGCCAUUACAUGUAGCGGCCUGUGCUGGGCAUGUUCAUUUUGUAAUGGAAAUGAUGAACUCAAGGCCAUCAUUUGCAAGAAAGCUAAACCAAGCUGGGUUUAGUCCUAUGCACUUAGCUUUGCGAAAUGACAAAAUCCAAGCAGUGCUUCGACUCCUGAAGUUUGAUAAAGGCCUUGUUCGUAUCAAAAGGAGGGAAGGCCUGACUCCUCUGCAUCAUGUCGUUGGAAUUGGAAACCUUGAUCUUUCCAUUAGGUUUCUUGAGGCUUGCCCUGAGGCUAUUGAAGAUGUGACUGUUCGAGAUGAAACUGCUUUCCAUCUUGCAGUUAAAAACGACAUGUUUGAAGCUUUUGAAGUCUUAAUGGGGUGGCUCCAAAGGAGCCGCCAUGAAGCUGCCCAACGUUGGGAAAACGAACUACUUAGUUGGAGGGGCGUUGAAGGCAACACUGUUCUGCACAUUGCAGCUAUCAGAAAUAGACCUCAGGUGGUAAAAGUAUUGCUGGAAAAUUUGAGUCAAGACCAUAUCAAUGCCAACAAUUUGGAGGGAUUAACGGCUCUAGAUAUCGUAUUAGAACGCCAAAGGAAUGAAAGGCAAGUGGAUAAUAGAGAGAUUAUGGAUAUGUUAAUGAAAGCUACAGGUUUGCGUGGUUCCUUGCUUCCCAAAAUUCCCAACUCUUCAAUCAGCAUCAAUUCAUUCAGAUCAAAGAUAUCAUAUUUUCAAAAAUUUGCAACAAUGGUAGCUUGUGGAAAGAAGGGUAUAUCAAAUGAGAUGCGUAACACAUUUCUAGCAGUGACUGUGCUAAUUAUAACAGCCACUUACGAUGCGUCAUUAAAUCCUCCUAAGAAGGGCGACAAUUUUUUAUCCCAGAAUUACCAAAUCUCUAGUUUUUCCAAAUUUUCGCAGGAAGCCAAUCUUCCUAUGGGUGGCCAUAAUCCUCCGCAAGACUUCACAGAUUUAAUAGAU